AUGUUGCUGGAGCGGGUCCGCGCCGGUUCGGAGAAGGCAGCGGAGCUCUGCCCCUUCCCGCGGAGCCCAGAGAUCCCGCUGUGCGCCGGCUGCAACCAGCACAUCGUGGACAGGUUCAUCCUCAAGGUCCUGGACCGGCACUGGCACAGCAAGUGCCUGAAAUGCUCCGACUGCCAGACCCAGCUGGCCGAGAAGUGCUUCAGCCGCGGGGACGGCGUCUACUGCAAGGAGGACUUCUUCAAGCGCUUCGGGACCAAGUGCGCAGCCUGCCAGCAGGGCAUCCCCCCGACCCAGGUGGUGCGCCGGGCCCAGGACUUCGUGUACCACCUGCACUGCUUCGCCUGCAUCGUCUGCAAACGGCAGCUGGCCACCGGGGACGAGUUCUACCUCAUGGAGGACAGCAGGCUGGUCUGCAAGGCAGACUACGAAACGGCCAAGCAGAGAGAGGCUGAGUCCACGGCCAAGAGGCCCCGCACCACCAUCACGGCCAAGCAGCUGGAAACCCUCAAAAACGCUUACAACAACUCUCCCAAACCGGCGCGGCACGUCCGGGAGCAGCUUUCGUCGGAGACGGGGCUGGACAUGCGGGUGGUGCAGGUCUGGUUCCAGAACCGCAGGGCCAAGGAGAAGAGGCUGAAGAAGGACGCGGGGAGGCAGCGGUGGGGUCAGUAUUUCAGGAACAUGAAGCGGUCCCGGGGGACCUCCAAGUCCGACAAGGACAGCAUCCAGGAGGAGGGACCCGACAGCGAUGCCGAGGUCUCUUUCACAGAUGAGCCCUCUAUAUCUGAAAUGAGCCAUUCCAAUGGGAUUUACAGCAAUCUCAAUGAAGCAUCCCCUGCCCUAGGGAGACAGGCUGGGACCAAUGGGAGCUUUGCUCUGGAUCACAGCAGCAUCCCAGCUCAGGACCAGUACCACGACCUGCGAUCCAAUAGCCCCUACGGGAUUCCCCAGUCACCGGCUUCCUUGCAGGCACUGCCAGGCCACCAGCCUUUGAUUUCCAGCUUGGUUUACCCAGACAAUGGCUUGGGCAUCAUGGGACAAAGUGGACAAGGGGUGCCCCAGUCCAUGAGGGUCCUGGCUGGGAAUGGACCCAGCUCUGACCUCUCCACCGGCAGCAGCGGGGGGUACCCGGAUUUCCCUGCCAGCCCGGCCUCCUGGCUGGAUGAAGUCGACCACGCUCAGUUUUGAUACAGGAUCCACCACCAUGCCGUGGGAAGGGGAAGGACCCAGUGCUGUUUAACAUCAUCUACUCUUGGGAAUAAAGGAGGGACAAACCAUGGCUGCUGAGCAGGGCAGGAAAGCAGGACAACACGGAGGGAGGGGAU